AUGGACUACAACUAUAACGCGAGAAUGAGUCAACAAUUUCGAUCGUCGCAGUCACAGCAGCAACAGCGCAGCAAGAAGAAAGAAGAUGAUCCAGAUCUGUUCAUGCGCCUGUCAGACAAAGAGAUUGCAGGAUGCAUUAGCGACAUCGGAGUACCAUGUACGCCUGCCGACCUCCAGAAGCCCAAUCCACAGCACAUCCAGAUGAUCUUCGAACUGAUCGCCGAGCUUGUGAUGAACGCUACUCGAGACACCAUUGAUCCAGCUAUGCGCGCUGCUGCUGAGGAUGUCUGUGGGGACUAUAUCGAGAUCGUCCCGGUGGACACAAGAAACUUGAUGGGCUUCUUCGUUAGCUUGCGUGGCAUGCUGCUCCAGUGCGGCAUUCAUGACUUUUCAUUCUCAGACCUGCUUCGGCCAACACAUGACCGCCUGAUCAAGAUCUUCUCAUACACCAUCAACUUCAUCAGGUUCAAGGAGUCACAAUGCGCUGUCGUCGACGACAACUUUGGAAAGUCCGAGGCAACGAAAGCGCGGAUUGAGAAUCUCUACCUGGAGAAUCAGGACAUGGAGCAACAGUUGGAGGAGAUGAGACGCAACCGAAAGGCGAUGGAGAGCGUUGGCAAGGAAAAGGCGAAGAGAAAUGAUGAACUGAAAGCACGGUUACUGGAACUCAAAGACGACCAGAAGAGAAUUGCUGAGCAGCUCGAGAAAGUGCGAGCCGACAAAGCUCGGAGCCAGACCGUGUUGGAGGAAAAGACUGAGAGGUUGAUGAGAAAUCGACAAGAAAGCGAGAAACUUCGACCAUACGUGUUGCAGAGUCCGGCCGCGUUGCAAGACUCGCUGGUGGAGCUUUCGGGGAAACUCUCGCAAGAAAAAGCCCAGGUUGACAACCUCGAGCGUCGCAGCCGAGCGCUACAAACUUCCGGUGAUACCUUCACUGGGGUGCAAAACGACGUCCAGUCAUGCGUAAAGGUUCUGGAAGAGGUUAGCAUCGAAUUGCAAAAGGAAGAAGAGGAAGAAGCUCGAGCAUCAAAGAGUCGGGAAGAGCUAGCAGAACGCACCAACGAGGCCAAGGACAUUGAGGACUAUGAGAAGCAGCUACAAACGCAACUCAAGCGAUGGGAAGAACGAACAGAAGAGACAAGAGCAAAGGCCAAGAAGAAAGAGCUAGAGGCAAAGGCACGGAUGGAGAAGCUGAAGGGCGUUCAACAACAACUGCGAGAAGAAAGGGCCGAGAAGGAUAGAGAGAUGGAAAGAAGACGGAUGAGGAUUGAGCAGACCGAGAAGAAGAUGGCCGACCUGAAAGAGAAUAUCGAGCAUGAGGUGCACAGUGCCCACGAUGAGUACAUGAAGCUCGAGUCGCAUAUCAAGCUCUACAUCACCGAAAUGGAGCAAUGCAUAUGA